GCGGAAACCGUUUUCUAAACUUGGACUUUACCAGCACGAGAAGUUAAAAAAUGUCGGAUUUUGGAUUUACUGAAUUGAUUGAAGCUCAGCCUGAUGCCAUUUUUAGACUCAACAGUUUAUACAGCCAAGAUGAAGACCCUUCGAAGGUGAACAUGAGCAUUGGUGCUUACCGUGAUGAUACCGGUAGGCCAUGGAUUUUGCCAGUUGUAAAGAAGGCUACUGAAAUUGUAGAAAAAGAUCCUAACUUCAAUCAUGAAUACAUGCCCAUUGCUGGUUAUGGUCGGUUUACAAAGGGUGCCGCCGAAAUUCUGUUCAAGCCCAACGAGCAAUUAUUGAAGGAAGACCGUAUUUGCUCUAUCCAAUCCGUUUCUGGUACUGGUGCCAAUUUCACGGCUGCUAGAUUUUUAGCUGAACACUAUGUUCGAAAGAGUGGAGCUGCCGUUUACAUUUCUAACCCAACUUGGCCUGUUCAUCGUACUAUCUGGGAAAGUGUCAAUGUCAAGGUAGAGACUUAUCCUUAUUGGGAUGCUAAAAACCGAAGAUUUGAUUUUGAAGGAACUAUGGACGUUAUGAAAUCUGCUUCCGAAGGCAGCAUUUUCCUCCUUCACGCUUGUGCUCACAAUCCUACAGGAAUGGACCCUACUAGAGAGCAAUGGAAGUCUAUGUUCGAGGUUCUUCUUGCCCGCAAGCAUUUGGUUGUGUUUGAUAUCGCUUAUCAAGGAUUUGCUAGUGGUGAUUUGGACCGUGAUUCUUGGGCUUUGAAUGAGUUUGCCAAGUUUGACAGAGAUUUCUUUGUCUGUCAAUCUUUUGCCAAAAACAUGGGUUUGUACGGUGAGCGUACUGGUUGUCUUCACUAUGUAGCUAAGAAUAACGAUGUGAAAAGUAAGAUGCAAUCUGUGCUUUGCUUGAUUCAACGCAGCACCAUUUCGAACCCUCCGGCUUAUGGUGCCCGUAUUGCUGCUGAAAUAUUAAAUAACCCUGAACUUUUUGAACAAUGGAAGGGAGACUUAAGGACUAUGUCUUCGCGUAUCAAUGAAAUGCGUCGUCAUUUACGUGACUCUCUCGUUGCUUUGAAGACUCCUGGUACUUGGGAUCAUAUUACUGAGCAAAUCGGGAUGUUUUCCUACACUGGUUUGACCCCUGCUCAAGUCCAGUUCUGCCAAGAAAAGUAUCACCUAUACUUUAGUGCCAAUGGUCGUAUCUCUAUGGCUGGCCUAAACAGUUCUAAUGUUGACCAUGUUGCCAAGGCUUUUGAUCACGCUGUUCGUGAAGUGAAUUGAUCGCCCACCUUUUAUUGCUCUUUUAUUAACAUGUUAUGAUAAAUUAAUAAAAACAAAAGAUGAAGAUAAAAAGGAUAUGAUAAAAGAUGAAAGACUUGACGACAAACGGGUGGUCUGAAAGACAGAAACCAUGCUCUAUUUUGUAAUACAUAUAUAGUAAUAUACUUUAUUUAUUCCUGCCAAGUGGAAAUACAGGCUACCAGAAUCUCAAUAUCUUUCUAAUGACUCAUUUAAUACUUUUUUUCAUUCGUGUUCAUUUUUUUUCCAAUUCUUCGGUUGAC